CGACCUCCCCGCGGCCCUCAGCGCCCGCCCGCCCGGAGCAGCUCCCGCCCCACGCUCCUUGUAGCCACAAUGGCAACGUCAUCAGAAGAAGUGUUACUGAUUGUAAAGAAGGUCCGCCAGAAGAAGCAGGAUGGAGCUCUGUACCUUAUGGCUGAGAGGAUAGCGUGGGCACCCGAAGGCAAAGACCGCUUCACAGUCAGCCACAUGUAUGCAGACAUAAAAUGCCAGAAAAUCAGUCCAGAAGGUAAAGCUAAAAUUCAGCUUCAGCUAGUACUGCAUGCAGGGGACACAACCAACUUUCACUUCUCCAACGAAAGCACAGCAGUGAAGGAGCGAGAUGCAGUAAAGGACCUUCUUCAACAACUCUUGCCCAAAUUCAAGAGGAAAGCUAAUAAAGAACUUGAGGAGAAGAACAGAAUGCUGCAAGAAGAUCCUGUUUUGUUUCAGCUCUAUAAAGACCUUGUUGUGAGCCAAGUAAUCAGUGCUGAAGAAUUCUGGGCCAACCGUUUAAGCCUGAAUGCAGGGGAUAAUUCUGCAGCACCUAGUAAGCAGGAUGUGGGCAUCUCUGCAGCAUUUCUGGCUGAUGUACGACCUCAAACAGAUGGCUGCAAUGGUCUGAGGUACAAUUUGACUUCAGAUAUCAUUGAAUCCAUAUUUCGAACAUAUCCUGCAGUAAAAAUGAAAUACGCAGAAAAUGUUCCACAUAACAUGACAGAAAGGGAAUUCUGGACACGAUUUUUUCAGUCUCAUUAUUUCCAUCGGGACAGACUCAAUACAGGCUCAAAAGACCUCUUUGCUGAAUGUGCCAAACUGGAUGAGAAAGGGUUAAAAGCAAUGGUGUCUCAAGGAGUGAAAAACCCUAUGAUAGAUUUAACAGCUUUGGAAGACAGAACGUUAGAUGAAGGCUAUGGUGUUGCUCCUGUGGCCUCUACAUCAAAUGCCUCAAAAACUGCUAGAGAAAGUAGCAAUGCUGCCAUUAUAAAACGCUUUAAUCAUCAUAGUGCCAUGGUCCUUGCAGCUGGCCUCAGAAAACAAGAAGCACAAAAUGACCAUUACAGUGAGACCAGCAGUACGGAUGGAAACUCCAGGGAUUCAGAUUUCUUUCAACCACCCAUGAAAAAGGUGAAACUACAGGAAUCCAUUGAAUAUGAAGAUUUAGCAAUGAAUAAUAGCACUAAAACUAUUGCACUAAAUUUAAAGAAAUCUGACAGGUAUUAUCAUGGUCCAACUCCAAUUCAAUCACAGCAAUAUGCAACCAGUCAGGAUAUAAUUAAUUCUUUUCAUAGUAUUAGGCAAGAAAUGGAAGCAUAUGUACCCAAUCUAACUCAGGUUCUUUCAAGUGGUGAUGCUACUAGCACUAUUGCAGUCCUGUCACCUGGAGGAGCACUUAUGCAGGGUGGAACACAGCAAGCCAUAAACCAGAUGGUGCCAAAUGACAUUCAGUCUGAACUAAAACAUUUAUACGUAGCAGUAGGGGAACUGCUAAGACACUUCUGGUCCUGCUUUCCUGUUAACACGCCAUUCCUAGAAGAAAAGGUUGUGAAAAUGAGGAGCAACUUGGAAAGAUUUCAGCUUACAAAGCUCUGCCCAUUCCAAGAAAAGAUUCGGAGACAGUAUUUAAGCACAAAUUUGAUAAGUCAUAUAGAAGAGAUGCUGCAGACAGCCUACAAUAAGUUCCACACGUGGCAGUCCCGGCGUAUGCUGAAGAAGACGUGAGAGUGCAUGCUGUACAGGUUUGAGAACAAAAGUCUGCAAUAGGGAUAGGAGUACAACCUAGCACAUGUGCAGAUCUUAUAGUUGUUGCAGGAAGACCUGCAACCUAUGGACUUCUGGAAACGAUGCUAACUGAACUUGCACAUUUUUUUGAAAAAAAAAAAAAGAACUGAGAUUAAACUUGAAAACUAGGGAGAAGAACAAGAACGAACCAAAACAGAAGAGCUGAGGCGCAAAACUAUUUAAAAGACACUGUUUACUGCAGUUACUCAGGAACUGCUUUUGAUUUGCAUUAAGAGCUGCUUUCGGAAAUAAAAAAUUUAAAGAGGGCGUAUUAAUAAAA